AUGGCGGUCAGCAACCAUCAAUCCUCCGAAGAUGUGGGCAUGGCCGACGCUCCAGAGAAGCCCCCCGCCACGCCCGAAGAGCGGGAAAAGUUCAUGGAGCACUUCUACGAUGCCCAGGAAAAGGGCGCUGCGAAGUGGCUCGUCAACAGAGGUGUUCAAGUUGUCUCGGCGUCCUGGUUCGAGUGGGAGGUUCACGUGAAGGUCUGGGCCAAACUUUCCGCUACAGGGCCGAAACCUACCCAGCAGACCGACGUCGGAGAGUUUCCUUGGAUAUAUGAAGAGCCCAGAAUGGCUCCAGCGAGCCCUACCGACGCGUCCCAGUUGUUCGCCGAGCUCAGACUCGCAAUCAUCCGAGAGAACAGCCUGCCGGCCCUCACCCGCAUCGAGAAACGUCUUCCGUUGAUGAACGAGGAGCCGGAGAUGGCGCGCAACUUCAGGGGCGGAAUGGACCUUGCGCUCCGCCAGAACAUCUGGGAUGAUGUCUUCCUCGGCGAGCCUUGUGUGCCUGGCCAUCCCUUCGAGGUAGUCAUCCCCUUCGCUGAGAAGCUCCGGACUCACGGUGUCCUCGAUGCCGACGAGCUGCGAAACCACCUCCCCGCCGCUGUUCAUGGUCGAAUCAUCCGUCGCCUUAACCCCAGCGGACACUACGUAUCUGUCAUCGUCUUCGGCCUCGCCCCCAACGCCUUCGAUAACCCGAUGAAUCGCAUGAACCUGGCUCUGAGCUACAACAUGGCGCUCAACUGGGCCAGGAAGAUCGUCGUCACCGGCACCAGCUGCCCUGCUUCCGAUGCCUUCAAGAACUUCAUGAUCAGGCCCGUUCAGAAGCAAAGCGAAGGUGCUUCGCAGGUCGUUGGUGUGGCAGAGCAAAGAGCGUUCACUGAUGAAGAGCUGAAGCAAUGCGAACACGCCCUCGCGCUCAUGCCGUGGACCUCUGAGGCGGACCAUGCCGCCUACCGCGUGGGCCAAUGGCUGCAGCAGCAAGUCGCCCUCACCCCGGUCCAGGAUCGCUACAACCUUUUGCGAAAGUGGUGCCAGCAGAAGCACACCAAUCUCGAGAACCUCACGUCGGCUGAGCUGGGAGAUGCCUGCCGCCGUGCUUGGGAGAAGAGGGUUUCGGAGUGGAUGACUGAGCGCGAGAUCACUAGCUGGCCAUGGAACAUGGAGACCUUCUACGCGAGACAGAUUGCAGCCGUCGACUCUUGA